AUGUAUUAUUAGGCACCUACUCCUAUGAUGCCCCUGGCUCAUGCGAUGAACAACCCUCUCCAAGUACAAUAAGCUGCCAACAUUCGCAAACCUGAUUUCCCCCCAGAUAUGCAACCAAUCUUUGUCAUCCCUCAAAUUGCUCAUAUCAAAUCCCAAUUGAAACCAAAAUGCAGGGCCUAUGAUCCCAUUUUGGGGGUUGGAAGAAAGGCUGAGUGGAUGCUGGAUAAAUUUGAAGAUGAAUAUGAGUAGAUGGAAAGAGAGGAGAGAGAGAAAGGUGUCGUUAAGCCAUCAAGAUUGCCAUUGAAGAUCUUGAAGAAGCAGGAGAUGAGAAGAUAACAUAGUGAAGAAGUCAGGAAACGAUUGUAAACAUGGAAUCCAUUUGAAGAUGCAAACAUCACAUCUGAUCCCUACAAAACUUUGUUUGUUGGACGAUUGAAUUUUGCUACAACUGAUAAAAAAUUGCGCAAAGAAUUCGAAGAAUAUGGCCCUAUCAAAUCUGUUAGGAUUGUGAGAGAUUCAACUCAUGAUAAACCUAGAGGCUAUGCAUUCAUUGAGUAUGAGAGCAAGAACAGUGUUAAAUCAGCUUAUAAAUAUGCAGUGGAUAAACGUGUUGAUGGUCGCAAAGUUGUUGUAGAUAUCGAAAGAGGUAGAACAAUUCUUAAAUGGAGACCUCGUUAUCUUGGUGGGGGAUUGGGAGAAUUGAGAAGGUCAAGGAGUGAAGAGUUGUUGAAGAAGACCAAAGAUGAUUAGGUCGAGAAAGAGGAGGAAGACAAAAGACGCAAAACCAAAAAAGACGAUGGCAAGUCAUCCAAAAAACCCAGAUCUCGAUCUAAGAGUGCCAAAAAACACAAGAAGAGAGAUGAGAGUGAAUUCAAGAAGAACAAAAAGAGAGAAAAAUCCAAAAAGAAACAUAAAUGA